AUGUCUCGCGAAGAGAACAACUACAAGCUCCUCUUCUCCAUCAUCAGCCAAAUGAGCACCAACGGCCAGCUCCGAGGCAUCGACUGGGCCCUCGUCGCAAACGACCUCGGCCUCGAGCGCGCCACUGCCGCCUCCUUGCGCUGGACCCGCUUCAAGCAAUCUACUGGUCUCAGCCUUCCUGGUAGCAGUGGCGCUCGAGCUUCGACCAAGGUCACGAAGUCCAAGGGUGGAAGUGGAGCCAAGGGUGGAGCGAACAGUGGAAAGAAGGCAGGUGGUGCAGGCAAGGGCGGUGCAAAGAAGAAGGGCAAGAAGAGCGGGAGCGAGAGCGAUGAGGCUUACGGUGGUGACGAGGGAUAUGGUGGUGCGGACCUUGAGGCCAAUGGUGUACAGGAGAAUGUUUUGGGAGAGGGAGAGCAGGAGGAGAUCUAUGGUGAUGCGCAGGAGUACGUUGAGGAGGGAUAUGGUGGGGAGGUGCAAUAUGGCGAGGAUCAACAGUUUGAGGCGAAGGAGGAGUAUGGAGAUGAGCAGCAGGGCAAUGGAUAUGUUGAUUAUGGAGAUGAUGGAGAUGAUGGCGAGGAUUAUGGAGACGUGCGUUAUGAGGCUUAA